CUGUAGAAAUUAUACAUGCACCGGGAUAAUCAAUCUGGAACUGCUUAUCUUCGCUCCAGAUCUGAUCCUAACACCAGACACAACACAGGGUUAGGGGUUUUAUUUACAUAUUCAGAUCAGAUUAUGGGCCGUGGGGUCAGCAGUGGUGGGGGACAGAGUUCCCUUGAUUACCUUUUCGGAAGUGGAGAGGCUCCAAAAGCCACCCCAAAGAAUGCUGAAGCUCCUCAGAGUUCAGUACAGGUUGCAAGCAAUGAACCUUCUCAGAAGCCUGCGGCUGCUGCACCACCAGUAGAUGUUACUAAGCAGAUUCCAGCUGGUAUUCAAGGAAAUGCUGGAAACAACUAUUUUCGAGCUGAUGGACAGAAUACUGGAAACUUCAUCACGGAUCGGCCUUCAACUAAAGUCCACGCGGCCCCAGGUGGCGGAUCUUCCCUGGGCUACCUGUUUGGCAGUGGCAGCAGCAACUAAUGCUGUGUUCUUUGAAAGGAUAAAACAAUUGCUUACUGUUUGUUUGUCCAGGUUCCAUUUUAAGUUUGGGGAAAACAAUAUUUUCUUAUUCUUGUCACUGCAG